UGGAUGGCAGAGGCAAACGUGCAGCUUUGCAUCUGCUAACGAGUGCCUGUGGAGAGUGCAUGAGAGGGCUGUGCUGGGGAGUCUCAGCCUGAGAAGUGCAGAGGACUGGUCCAGUUUGUUGUCACAGGUCCGGCAGGCUGUCCUUGACACGAGGUCUGCAGACAGUUCAGAGCCUCAAGGCAGGCAGGGGGAUCAAGCUGGCCUUCUGUGUCAGAUCAGCAAGGCGCUGGGGGAGGAGGUGCUGCUGCCUGCUCUGAGAUGCCAGAGACAGCUCCUCCAUAGCACGCUGAGGAGUGUGGCCAGACCAUGCAGCCCAUACUGUGAGGCUCUGGAGCUGGUGCUGAGCAGGUGCCUGGAGAAGAGGUGGAUGCUGCUGCUGUGCAGGCAGGGCAUGUGGGCAUCCUUGGAAAUACCCCAGGCUCAUGCAGACGCCGUGUGUCUGCUGACGAGCGUCCUCCUCCGCAACCAGCUCAUCUCAAGGGGUGUGAUACAGUCUGUGUCCCAGUGGCUGAACUCCCACUCAGAAAACCUUCAGCUCACAGCGACGGCUCUCUUUGCUGAGCUGAUGAAAGAGCCACCAGACACAGAGAGGAAGUUCCUGGAGAGCGUCCUGGACAUGUUGAUGGAGAAAGCACAGCACGGAAUCAACACUGUGGGACAGAUGGCAGUGAGAGGCCUGGGCAACACAUUCAGAAGAGCAUCUGAGAAGGUGCGAAAGCACAAGAAGGCCAUUCUGGAAGCACUGCAGAGAUGCUUGGAGGAUGUCGGCUGUCCCGAGCUGGUUGCUGAGAGCAUGCUUGCGCUGGCUAAGGUGGUGAGGAAGCUGCGCCCAAAGGACUUGGGGUCCGCCUUUCAAGACAUCACCAGGAUGUUCUUUGAAGCCGAGCAAGAGGUCCUUCGCUCUUCAGCCUUCAGCCUCUACGCAGCCCUGGCCUCCUCUGCCUCUGGGAACAGAUCGUUCUUUGCCAGAGAAGUGCUGGAAACGUGGGUCAGCCUUCUCCUGCACCUUCGGGAUCCUGACCCUGAAGUCUCUAAAGUGUGCAGGACCACCCUGUAUCUCCGCGCUCCAUUUCUGAGGCCGGAAGAGCUGCAGGAGUGCAUCACAACAUCCGCUGGAUUGAGUGCAGCUGACCUGCAGUAUGAAGUUUGCCUUCUUCUGGCCAGAGACGCCCCGGAGAUGUUGGAGAGGCUCCACGGUAUUGCCGGACGCUGCUGCUUGGAGAAUGGCCAGGCACUGCACGCUGAUGCCAUCGCAGUCCUAGGAGACAUCCUGGAAAAAAUCAAGAGGCCUUAGCAGCGGUAGUGACAACGAGGCUCCCGUUUUCAGAUCUCCAUCACCUAUGGAAAGCAGUACAGAAAGUCUCAGUGAAGAUUGAUUUGUGCAAUCCAGUAGUACUGAGAUCAAUAAAGCCUCUUCCAUGGUGGCA